UUGUUGGGACCUCGAUAUGCCAGAACCACAGAUCGACGGCCAGCUGCAGCAACGUUGAAAAGUAAAGUAUUCAACUUUUUAGAAAGGCCAGUCGGUUGGACAUGUUUUAUCUAUCAUUUCAGUGUAUUUAUGGUGGUGCUGUGUUGUCUUAUUCUAAGUGUAUUAACCACUUUUGAUGCGUAUUCUAGACGAGUUCAUGAAGCAUUGUUUUUUUUGGAAGUAUGUUUGGUAAUUUUUUUUGGAGCUGAAUACUGUGCACGAGUAUGGUCUGCAGGCUGUUGCUCAAAAUAUCUUGGAUUUAUUGGCCGAUUAAGGUUUGCUAGAAAACCUAUCUCUUUAAUAGAACUUAUAAGACAAUGUUUUAUUACUGAUUUCAUGUUUAGAGGUGUUCGAUUUCUUCAAAUACUUCGCAUGCUUCACAUUGAUCGUCAGGGAGGCUCAUGGAAACUCUUAGGAUCUGUAGUGUUUAUUCAUCGUCAAGAGCUGAUAACUACCUUGUACAUUGGUUUUCUUGGCUUAAUAUUUUCGUCUUAUUUUGUAUACUUAGCCGAAAAAGAUCAUAAAACUGUCGAUGGUCGUCGCGCUUUCCGUAGUUAUGCUGAUGCUUUAUGGUGGGGAGUAAUAACAAUGACCACAAUCGGAUAUGGCGAUGUGGUACCACAAACAUGGCUCGGACGAACUGUGGCCUCGUGUUUUUCCAUAUUUGCGAUCUCAUUCUUUGCUCUACCAGCUGGAAUUCUUGGGUCGGGAUUUGCGCUAAAAGUACAACAAAAACAACGGCAGAAGCAUUUUAAUCGACAAAUACCAGCCGCAGCAACGCUGAUACAGUGCAUAUGGAGAUGUCAUGCAGUGCUAAGUAAACAACGAGUUGAAAAAAAGUGUAGUUGUGAUUCACGAUCGGAAUAUGCUGAUGCCGACUAUGAAGCCGAAGAAAACUCUAAUUCUUCUCAUCAAAAAAUAUCGUUAGUGUCGGAAUUAACAGAAGCUCAUAGAAAUGCGAUACGAGCAAUUUGCAAGGUGAAAUAUUUUGUGGCAAGACGAAAAUUUCAGCAGGCUCGAAAACCCUAUGAUGUUCGAGAUGUAAUGGAGCAAUAUUCACAUGGUUAUCUAAAUACUAUGGUUCGUAUAAAAGAACUUCAGCGAAGACUCGACUACAGCUUGGGAAAACCGUAUCCUCAACAGGAAGGUUCCAGACGAGUUUCUUCAGCAACGGUUUUUUCACGCUUGACGAGAGUUGAAACACAGCUAUCGUUUUUUCGGUUUGACGAAAAAAGAUUAAUGUCUGAUAAAUAG